AUGUCUUUCGACUCCAAGUCCGACACCGACAAGAUGGAAGAGAAGCAAGUCGAAGAUUCGUCCUUCGUCGAGGAAGGACACACCGCCGUCGCGAAGGCUCCGGACGGCGGGCUGAACGUCCGUCAGGCGCUCUCCGUCUGGCGCAAGGGCGUCGCUUGGAGCGUCGUGCUCUCUCUCGCCGUCAUGAUGGAGUCGUACAACACUAUCCUCCUCAACUCGCUCUACGCCGCGCCGCCUUUCCAGAAAGACUACGGCAUGAAGCUCAAGUCUGGCAAGUACCAGAUCCCGUCAGAAUGGCAGAGCGCCCUCGGCAGCGGCACCGUCGCAGCGACCAUCAUCGGCGUCCUCGUCGCCGCCCCGCUCAUCGAUCGCUUCGGAUACCGCAAGGUCAUGAUCGGCGGCCUCGUCUGGGCGUUCGGCUUUUCGUGGCUCAUCUUCCUCUCCAAGGACCUCGCGCAACUCCUUGCCGGCAACAUGUGCUCUGCCUUGCCGUGGGGGGCAUUCAUCGUCUGCGCCGUCUCGUACGCCGUCGAGGUCGUCCCGACGAGCCUGCGGAGUUACCUCUCCUCCUACGUGAACCUUUGCUUCGUUAUCGGGCAUGUCAUCGCCGCCGGCGUCUUGAGGGCAUCAAUCAGCUACAAGAGCGUGUGGACUUACAAGCUCCCCUUCCUUCUCAUCUGCAUCCCGCCCCUCCCUAUCGCCCUCGCCCUCUGCUGGGCCCCCGAAUCGCCCUACUGGCUCGCCCGCAAAGGCCGUCUCGAAGAUGCAGCCGUCGCGAUGGACCGCCUGCACGCUCCUCACCCCGAUAUCGACUCGAAGGCGCUUGUUGCGCAUAUUCACGAGACGUACAAGGUCGAGCAGGAGAUGCGCACGGGUGGAUCGUUCGUUGACUUGUUCAAGGGUAGCAACUUGCGCCGUACCGAGUUGGCGACGAUCGCUUGGACGAGCCCGGGUCUGGUCGGCUACGUCGUCCAGUUCUACCAGACCUUCUUCUUCACCCGCGCCGGCUUCCCUACCGACAAAGCUUUCGCGCUCGGUCUCGGCUCGUACGCCAUUGCAUUCGUUGGAGGCGUCGUCAGUUGGUUCCUCCAGGCGCGCCUCGGUCGCCGGACGAUCAUCCUCUGUGGCUUGUGCUUCAUGCUGCCAAUCAUGCUCCUCGUCGGCUCUCUCGACUUUGUCAAGUCGCAGUCGGGACACUGGGCGCAAGCUAUCUUGUUUCUAGUCUGGUUCUUCUUCUACGGAUCGACCCAGGGCCCGAUCCCUUACGCCGUCGCCUCCGAGAUCCCGGCCGUCAAGCUCCGCGCCAAGACGCUCGCCAUCGCCCGCAGCGUCUACUACACCUUCUUCAUCUCGUCGACCGUCCUCUCGCCCUACAUGCUCCAGACGUGGAACAUGAAGGGCAAGGCGGCCUAUCCCGCAGCAGGCUUUACCGCGUUCCUCCUGGUCUGGACAUACUUCCGCUUGCCAGAGACAAAGGGCCGCUCGUUCGAAGAACUCGACAUCAUGUUCGGUCUCCGCCUGCCCGCACGCAAGUUCUCGUCGUACGUCGUGACGGAGGAAGACCGUCGCACUGUCGGGCACAUCUGA